UUUGCUAAGCUCCCACUGGGUGGCGCCACCAAUUAAAAUAUUUUGCACAAUUUAAACAAACACAAAAUAAAUCCGACAAGCUAAAAAAAAAAAAUAAUACACAAACGUUUGAAAGUUGUGCACAGCACUUUAAUAAAGUUCGGCACACGUAACGCCCAGCAAAAAGAAAACACACGCACAGAUCAAAAAAUAAACACAGUGGGUGGAUGGGCGCGUUUAGAUUUUCAUUAAGCAGAUUUUGGCCUUUUCCGCUGUGGGUCAACAAAGUUUUUACGUUUUUGUUUUUCUUCUCUACCACCUUUCCACAGAAUGCAAGUCCUAAUUUACAAAAAAAAAAAAUUAAAUUAAAAAUUCUAGAAAAUUUUUAUCUUAAUAAACCAUGGGUGUAGUGGCGCCACCUACAUAUAUAGAAUGUUAUUUCAGCUUUCUGCUCACUUACUGCUUUAUAAUACCCCAAAAAUAACAUACAUAUAUGUGUAAUAUAUUAAGCGCACGUUCAGUCCGAUAUACCCAACUUCACGAACAGGGUAUGCUUCGAAGAAUUGCUCUCUUCCGCAGAAGGCGCUCCCAUGAUCUCCGAAAAUAGACGAAUAUGUAGACUAGACCAACUGAAGAAGGAACUCGCUCAGUAGUCAGCUGCUUUUAGAAUGGAUCUGUUGUUUCUCAGCCGGCGAAUUUUCCUGGGCGAUGGCAGCGAGAAUGCCCUGAUCCAUGGCGGCAUCAUCGUGGACACAGAGGGCAUUAUACGAAGGGUGCUACGUUCACCGCAGGAGGUCAACACCUAUUUGUACAACACAGAAUCCGAAUCGGUUUACGAUUUCGGGGACCUGGUACUGAUGCCGGGUCUGAUUGAUCCCAAUGUCCAUAUCAACGAGCCGGGUCGCAAGGACUGGGAGGGUUUCGCAACUGCCACCAAGGCGGCGGCCGCUGGUGGCUUCACCACAAUCAUCGACCGACCCACCAAUGCCCAACCACCCACCGUUAGUGUCGCCCAUCUCAAGGCCAAAACGUCGACGGCCCGUGGAAAGAUCUACGUAGACGUGGGUUUUUGGGGCGGACUAGUGCCCGGAAACGGUGAUCAGCUGGCUCCGCUUUUGGGUGCCGGUGUCAUGGGUCUGCUGUGCACAUUGUGCGAUCCCGCGGCGCCCGUCUCUCAGGAAUUUCCCGCCGUAAACGAAUCUCAGCUGGAGGAGGCUCUUUCACAGUUGGACAAGGAUCAGGCUGAAGGGGAAGCAGUCGUAGCGGUGCACGCCGAGCUGCCGCUGACCACAGAAAUCCAUCCCGACGAGGAGGCGCCCAGGGAGUACGGCACUUUCCUGGUGACCCGCCCAGCCCAAAUGGAGAUCUCCGCGACGCAGUUGCUCUGCCGGCUGGCGGUUCGGCACCCGCGGCGCUGCAUACACAUCCUCAACUGCAGCAGCGGCGAGAGUCUGCCGCUGGUGGAGGAGUGUCGCCGGCAGGGCGGGAAUCUAACGGUGGACACCUGUCCGCAUUACCUGGCCCUGGCGGCCGAGGAUGUGCCCGAUUGCGGCACGGAGUUCAAGACCUGGCCACCGAUUCGAGAGCGUCGCAAUCAGGAGCGAUUGUGGCAGGCUCUGAGGCUGGGCGGAGCCAUCCGGAUGAUUGGCAGUGAUCACUCGCCGGCGACGCCGGGCACACGCGCUCUCACCUGCGGAAGGGGGCGUGGCAACUUUCUGAAGGCGUGGCCGGGCAUUAACUCGCUGCAACUCAGCCUGCCGGUUGUUUGGACAGCGGCCAAUCGGCGAGGACCCUCCAACCUGACCAUCGCGGACAUCCAUCGUCUGAUGUGCCAGGAGCCGGCGAAUCUGUGCGGCUUGUCCGCCUCCAAGGGCCGCAUUGCCGAGGGCUACGAUGCCGACUUCUGUGUGUGGAGUCCCGACGAGGAGUUCACCGUGGGCCCGGAGCUGCUCUACACGGCGACGAAGGCCACACCGUACGCGGGUCAAAGGUUGCGGGGCGUGGUGCAUGCCACGGUGGUGCGGGGCCUGCAUGUCUACCAGCAGUUCGAGGGCUUCGGCCAGCCCCUGGGCAAGGUGCUGCUCCGGAGGAGCACUCGAAAGCUGGUCAAGUUCGUGAGCAUGUGAGGGAUGAGAUGGCAGGGUUGGCAGGGAUUGGGAUGAAGUUGACGGAAGUAGUUGGUGGAUGGGAGGUAAACUUUGUUAAUUAAAAUCAUUAAGCGAUUGGGCUGUGUUCGUUGAUAUUCCGUCGUCACCUUCCUAUCCUAAAGAUACUCUAUCCCCGGUGUAUAGCUCUUUUCUGGCAAAUUAUUCAAAAAUUAGCACUGCAUCUUUGGAUUGGGCUUCAUUUCAUCCGCCCACCAUGCAAUUAAUUGAAGAGGUUUCACAUUAGAAUUUAUAAAUACCAAUAAUUGUGGGCUUAAAAACAUAAUAAGUGGCUAGCAAAUCCCUUGAAUUUUCAUCUCGAAAUAAGCGCCGACAAUUUGCACAAUAAAUGUUAUUCUAAUAAUAGCGAAA